CAGCAGAGCAGUAUUUCUGUAAGGAUCUAACGUGCCAUCCUUAAGAAAACAAACAUGUUGGUCCUUCUGGCUGGAAUCUUUGUGGUCCAUAUUGCAACAGUGAUUAUGCUCUUUGUUGCCACCAUUUCCAAUGUUUGGUUGCAAGCUAUUCCAGGAGUGGCUGGUACUUCUGGAUCCCUGGGUAUCUGGUUGGCUUGUUCUGGGACAUGUUCAAGUAUAUUUGGUUCUAUUCCAGAAGAAAAUCAUCCUUCCAUGAGAGCAAUUGAAGCCUUCAUGAUCCUGGCCAUUAUCUUUUCCUGCUUUGCCCUGUGUUCCUUCAUUGGGCAGUUGUUUAUGCUGGAAAAAGGAUGUCGUUUCUACAUCACUGGGGCUCUAAUGCUUGUUUGCUGGUUGUGCAUAAUGAUCGCUGUUUCCAUCUACACGGCCAGAUUUGCAAAUGCUAAUUUAAGCCAAUAUUACCAUGGAUACUGCUUUAUACUGACCUGGAUCUGCUUCGUCUUUAGUUUCAUAAUUGGAAUACUCUACCUGGUGCUCCGGAAGAAAUAAACGUCCAGUCCCAUAUGGCACAUGAACUAGCAGCAACCCCAAGUGACAAACUGCAGGCACGCAGGCACACUACAGGGAAACCACUCCUUUUAUUUUUUUGAAUAAUGUGGCUAAGAAUAAUUAUACGCCCUAUGUAGUUCAAAAAGGCAUCUCGAAGUCCAUUAGCUAGUUAUACAUAUUAUAUCAACUGUCACAAGACAAUUAGAAUGUUGGUACUGCAGUGGCCUCAUACCAAGGGGGUUAAUUCGCAUUUUAGUGGGUUCGCUUCUAAACAUAAAGAAAAUCAGAAUUUAAUUUUGAAAUAAGCAAAGUAUUUUUGUUAUUUUAAUUUAUUGAAACAGUAGCCUAACCGUUAUUUCUGAUAGGAUAGUUCAGAUUGCAGUAUGACUGGGCAAUGUCACUGCAUCACUGCUAAACAAAACCGCUCAUUCUCUUGGCAGUAGUGGGUCCCACGCUUAAAGGGGUUACGGAUUCCUAAUAUAACCAAUGGUAGAACGGUUAGUUGCUCAGCCAGGCCUACUUGUAUUAACUAUAGAAAUAUCUGAGUUCAAUGAAGUUACCUUAAAAUUAAUAUUGCGCUCCUCAGGGUUUUUGCAGAGUUAAGAAUAUCCUGUUGUUUUUAUGAAAAUGUAUUUGGAAAUAUUGUCACUUCAAUGCUUUGUAUAGAGGUACCAGAAAGAGUAAAGGUCCUCUGUAUAUCUGUUAGCAAUCAGAAGUAUUGGUAAAAUGUAGACUAUAGGCAUAGGAUAUGAAAUUAUCAUCAUAAGGAUGAGCAGUGAUGUUAUUGCCCGCGAGCAAAGCCCCUUAUAUUAACCUGGUGCAGAAAAACGAAGACAAAAUAAAUGAUAUUUCUGUUUAAUUCUGUUACUAAGCCACUCUGAGCAAAAUGCCUUUCAGUAAUUUCCACAGUGGAUCAAAUAAUAGUUUUACGUUUUUGUUUGUAACUAGGUGUUGGAAUAGUAUUAUGUUGGAGUGAUCACAAGAGCAGGAGAUAAUGUGAAGGACUAACUGGAGUUCAUGCAUGUAUUAAAAAUAGACAUAAAAUGUGUAUUUCAGAUUCUGCACUAUGGCACUGGGAGGCCCAGAAAUCUGGAAGGGGGCAGCUACAUAUCCCAGUAUUUAACUUCUCUUAAGACAAAUCUUUUGCAAACCCAAACCCAAAAUUACACUGUCAGGCAUCAGAUGAAUAAUUUGUCCAGCCCCCUUCAACUUAACAUUUAGAUCAUAGCAGGAGCCAUGAGUGAGCCAAGAGAACAUGCAGUGCCCUAACAACACAAGCACAAUGCUAGUGCAGUGACAAUAUUGUGUUACAUGGAUUACCAUUAGUUACAAUGAGAUGCACUGGAAUAAUAUGGCCGGGUAUAAUGUCCUGGUAACAGGCUCCCUGAAGGACCAAGUCCUUUAACAUUCUUAUGGCCUUGUGUCAUUAUGGCCAUGGCAAAAUGUUUUCCAUGUCCCUUACGUAGCUGUCUCAACCUGCCCUACCCAUUGUUUUACUCUAUGCAUCCCUGCCUGUCCAUGGUUGUCACUGCAUUCAGGAGCCAUGCCUAGUUGUCCCAGUCUGCUUAGAUCAUGCUUUGGCUUUGCUGCUGGCCAUAUCAGUCUCUGGGUGUCCCUGUAAGCUUGAUCCAUGACUUGUAUUACCUGUCUCCCUACAAGGGCCUAGUUGCCUCUUCAGCUUGAUCCAUGCCUUGCUUCCCCUUCCUGCCAUACCAGUGCCUAGCUGUCCCUGUGUGCCUUACUGUGGUCUUUUGCCCACUCUUUCAACAAAUACUUGUCUCUCCAUACCUAACCCAUGUCUUAUACUUACUUUCCGUACCAAUAUCUACUUGUUGCUGUAUGUCGAACCCAUGUUUUAGUUUCCUUGUGUGAUUUACCAAGUAAACCCUCCGUACCAAACCCAUUUAAUUUUUACCCCCAACAAAAUGUACGUAUUCAUAAAAGCCCCACCAGAAGUUAGUUUUUCCUGCUAGCCCAGGCUGUUCUGACUCCUGUCCUGUUGUCCCUUUCCACCUUAAUGUCCUUUCUAAUGAUUAGGGCCAGCCUUAGUUUAAAAAAUUACACUGGGCAACAAUUAGUGAACCAACACAACAUUCAUGAUGUUUAUUCCCUUUUAGUUAAUAUUUACAGGAUUUAAUAAAAUAAUUUACAGUUUGCACAAAGCAUAUUGUAUCUUACAAGAGUAUAUACAAAAAGAAAAUGGUCAGACUGGCACUGCCUUCUACGUGGUACCCUGUUUAGUCACACAGAGAUCCUUUUUGUAGCCUAGCCUUGUAAAUUCUGUUUCUGUAUUGCUCUCCAAGUCUCAAGUCUUUUUAUGUAUAUGGGUAAAAUAGCUUUUUUUCUUUACUAUUACAUUCCUACUAACGGGCAUUGUAUAUACAAUUAAAGAUCAUGGGGCUACUGCUUUUUGUGGAAUAGAAAUUAACAUAUAUUUUAUGCACUAAUUGUAAAUAUUUUGAUACAAUAUUAUAUGUCUCCAAGAACUGAAAUACAAUUCUUGCUCAUCCA